AGGAAAUAGGAUUGUAUAUGUAGACGAGGCAGAGUGUGAAAACAUGCGGACAACGGGCAGAUUUUGAGUUGUUACCCCUUAAAAAACAAAAAAACAUACAAUAACACAUCAUAUCAGGAGUUUCUUUUUUCAGUUUUUUCCUGGAGAGCAGGGAUAUCUGCUCCCAUUGGAGAACACAGCGGAGGAGAGGACCUUCUUUGUGACUCCCAUUUGACUGGGAUAAAACCCCUUUCAGGGUGGAGUGGAGUGGUGGUUUCGUCUGACCUUUAACCUCAAUAGGAAGGAGAGAAAGCCACUUCAGAGAUGGAGCAGGUAUCCGAUGAUGAGUUGGACCAUGGGGCAGAGGAGGACAGCGAUAAGGAGGACCAGGACCUGGACAAGAUGUUUGGAGCUUGGCUGGGAGAGCUGGACAAGCUCACACAGAGUCUGGAUGAUGGCAGGCCACAGAAGACACUGCAGAAGCCUCCUCUCAGACAAGAGACCAACAUGGCCAACUUCUCCUACCGCUUCUCAAUGUACAACAUAAACGAGGCAUUGAACCAGGGAGACACAGUGGACCUGGAUGCGCUGAUGGCCGACCUGUGCUCAAUUGAACAGGAGCUAAAUACCAUUUCCAGACCAAACUCCACAUCUCGUGGCCAGAGCAAAGGCCAGCAGAGGGCCCCCGGAGGGCGCAGUGCCAGUACCAAGCACACAGGCACCAGUGGAGGGGGAAGCAGCGGAGGAAGCACCAGUAGCAGCACCCGGGCAUCGCCGGCCAACACGGUACGAGGCGGCAGCGUCAACGCCCGCCCCGCGGCCUCCAACAUCUCCCUGGACGACAUCACCUCUCAGCUGGAGAAGGCCUCUCUCAGCAUGGAUGAAGCGGCCCGUCAGACGUCUUCCUCCUCUUCGUCCUCCUCCUCAUUCUCCUCCACUACGCUCCGGCGGCCUUCGUCGGGGUCGUCUGGCGGCGGGCAACACCGCAGGACGGGCUCAGUGGGCGCUGUCAGCGAGCAGGAAGCCCCGUCCCAGCGGUCCAGUGUAAAUUCAGCAUGUGCCUCAGCGUCCAGCAUGGACUCCCUGGACAUUGAUAAAGUGAUGACGGGAGGAGAGGUGGAGGGCCAGAGCAGCCCGAGCACACAAGGACAAAACCAGACCAGCACUGAGCACUCCUAUCUGGACCGAGAAACCUCACUCAUUCUGAAAAGCAUAGCUGGAAAGCCUUCUCACCUCCUGACCAAGGAGGAGCAAGCUGCCAAAUUAAAGGCAGAGAAGAUCCGAGUCGCCCUGGAAAAAAUCAAGGAGGCGCAGGUCAAGAAGCUGGUGAUCAGGGUCCACAUGUCAGAUGAGAGCUCCAAGACCAUGAUGGUGGAUGAGCGGCAGACGGUCCGGCAGGUGCUGGACAGCCUGCUGGAUAAAUCCCACUGUGGCUACAGCCCUGACUGGUCUCUAGUGGAAACCAUCACGGAGCUACAGAUGGAACGUAAUUUUGAGGAUCAUGAGAACUUGGUGGAGAAUCUGUUAAACUGGACCCGGGACAGCCACAACAAGCUCAUGUUUAUUGAGCGCAUCGAGAAAUAUGCUCUUUUCAAGAACCCUCAGAACUAUUUGUUGGGGCGGCAGGAGACAUUAGAAAUGGCUGACAGGAAUAAAGAGGCUCUCUUGGAGGAGUGUUUCUGUGGCGGCUCUGUGUCUGUGCCGGAGAUCGAGGGUGUCCUGUGGCUGAAGGAGGAUGGGAAGAAGUCGUGGAAGAAGCGUUACUUCCUCCUCAGGGCCUCGGGGAUCUACUACGUGCCAAAGGGCAAAGCCAAGGCAUCCAGAGACCUUGUGUGCUUCCUGCAGCUGGACCAUGUUAACGUGUAUUACGGCCAGGACUACCGCAGCAAAUACAAGGCUCCUACUGACUACUGCCUGGCCCUGAAGCAUCCACAAAUCCAGAAGAAGUCACAGUACAUCAAGUAUCUGUGCUGUGAUGACGUCAGGACCCUGCACCAAUGGGUGAAUGGAAUUCGAAUCGCCAAGUAUGGAAAGCAGCUAUAUGUGAACUACCAGGAAGCCAUGAAGAGGACAGAGGCGGCCUAUGACUGGUCCUCUCUCUCUACCUCCAGCAUCCGAUCAGGCUCCAGCUCUGCCAGCAUACCUGAGUCCCAGUCCAAUCAUUCAGGCCAUUCAGACAGUGGUGUGGACACAGGCUCGUCUCACGGCCGCUCCCAGAGUGUGGUGAGCUCCAUUUUCUCUGAGGCCUGGAAGAGAGGUACCCAGAUCGAGGAAAACUCUAAGAUGAGGAUGGAGGCAUCCAGAGGGGCCACCCUGCCGCAUGCGUCCCACAGCCACCGGCACCACAGCCAGCAUUCAGUCGACCAUCCAGCCCUGACACCCCCUCCCCAACCUCAGCCCCAACCUCCGCCCCAGCUCCAACAACAGCACCCACCACAGCCUCAGCACCCGCCACAGCCUCAGCAGCCAUCAGCACACCCAUCAUCACACCCCCAGACGCCGACCCAGCCGCAACACCAGCAUCUGCCUCCCCAGCCUCAGUCUCCUCAGUCUCCACAGCAGCAGCAACAGCCGCAGACCAUCAGCAGCUACAACCACAUGGCCCCACAGCAGCAGCAGCCAGCUCCUCCACCCCCACCUCCUCCUCCUCCUCCGCCUCCUCCACCCCCAGUUCAAAUGGUGUCACACCACUCGCCGGCUCCCACCAUGUACAAGUAUAGCACCAUCACCAGGCUGCAGAACCAGAAGGCCUCUCAGGCUGCCAGCCGCCACAAGCUGCCUGCCCACCUCCACGCAACAGCUCAGCAAGUUCUGCCCCCAGCUGCCACAUCAGCUGCAGCUCAGGCGUCCAUCAAACCCAAUGUCAAUCACAUUGCGGCAAGGACUAAUGUCCCGCCUCCCCCUCCACCUCCUCCCCCACCUCCGCCAUCCAUGCCAAUCCCUGGGUCAGCCAUGGCUGUGUUGAAGCUGGGCCCUCCCAGCCCAGCCACCCCACCUGCCUUCAUCCCUCCGCCCCCAGUACCUCCACCUGCUCCUCAGGCCAAUGGAGUAGCAUUUCCUCCCCCUCCUCCUCCCCCUCCACCCCCACCUGCACCAGCUCCCAUGAGCCAUCCUGUUUACCCCAACGGGCUGAAGCAGGCACUGAAGGAAAGGUUUCCCAGCCCGCCACGGGACCUCCUGUCUCCAAACGCAGACCUCGAGGACUCGCCACCCGCACCUCCACCCCCGCCACCACCACCUCCUCCUCCCCAGCAGUUCCCAGUGCCAGCCCAGUUUCCACCCCCUCCUGCACCACCACCAGCGCCACCCAAAACCUUCACCCCCGGCUUUGUCCCUCACACUGGUCCCAAGCCCGUGUCACCUGUCUCACCGUUUCCUCCUGCCCCACCUCCUGCUGCCUUAGGGGGCCCAACCCCACCACCACCCCCACCUCCUCCUCCACCUGCACCCCUCAAGAAGCAGUUCAGCCUCCAGGCAGGCCACACCUCCAGCCACCCCCCUCCAACUCUGCCCAAGCAGCACAGCCUGUCUAAACCACCACCCAUUUCCACAGGAGCUCCUCCUACCAUGUCUUUAGUAAAACAACUAGCAAGUCAGUUUCCAGGAGCUUCAUCCCAAGUAGCCAAUCACACAGAGAGCCCCAAAGCCCCCCUCUCCCCACCUGCAGUCAAGACCAAACCAAAAUGGCAGCCUGGGGGUAGCCAGCAGAUACAGUCUCCAGAGUUUCCUCCUCCUCCUCCAGAUAGCAACGCUGGCUUCCCUGCCCCUCCUCCUCCUCCUCCACCACCUCCCCCAGCACCUGUCACAGGCCCGACCCCACCUCCUCCUCCCCUCCCUCCUGGAAACCUGGGCUCCCCCCUGAGGAGGUCACCCUCUGGCUCCUCCAAUUUGGGAGGCAAGAAACCCCCUCCCACCCCCCAGAGGAACUCCAGCAUCAAGUCCAACGCCUCAGCCUCUUAUGAGGAAUCCAGGAGGAACCUGCUCAGCAAGUUUGCUCCUCAGAGUAACACCCCUCCUUCCUCCCCAUGUCCCACCUCCUCCUCUACUGGAUCCCCUUCCAAGGACCACUCAGCUGGACCCCCUGCUCCCCCGAAACCAGGCAAGCUCAACCUAGCCAACCUGCCCAUGGCUCUCCAGGCCAAAGUGAGCCAGGUGAAGCAGUCCAGUGGCGACUUCCCUUCCCCACCACCUGAGUGUGCCUACUUCCCACCUCCUCCCCCUGCCUCUGAGCUCUUCCCCCCUCCUCCACCUCCUGGUAGUGACACCCAUAGCAGUGGACCUCCAAGGGUAGCCGUGGUCAAUCCACAGCCCCAGGCUCCACCUCCUCCACCACCACUCUCCCUUGUCAGCAACUCGACAUGGGGAAAGAGCUCACUGAAAAAGACUCCUCCACCCACACUUGUGCGACGCAGUAACACCACCCCAGAGCCUCCUCCUGUCUCGCCGCCUCCACCCACCUCCCCAAAGGGCAGCUCAGGCCAGCCCAAUUUCCUUGAGGAUCUCAACCGGACACUGAAGCGAAAGUCAGUUGGUCGACAGGGUUCUCUCAGCUCUGCUGGCCUGUCGGGCAAGUUGGACCCCGCGGGGACCAUGGACGACAUGGCGCUGCCUCCGCCGCCCCCUGAGCUGCUCCUGGACCAAGGAAAGCAAAGCAAUGGAGGAAACGGUGGCUACAUGUCCGGAAACAUCUCAGGCUAUGCAACACUACGACGAGGACCCCCACCUGCACCACCCAAACGGGGGGACGCCACCAAACUUACUGGAGAGUGCUGAAUUUGGAGAUGAGGACACAGUAGAGACGCGUAGUGAACUGGGAGCGAAUCCCUGAGUUCCCUCUGUUCUCUUUGGGAUCACAGAUAACAGAUGACUGUGUAUAUACUAAAACCCAAACCAGACCCUGGUCAAUUAGUGUGCGCUAGUUAUUGCAUUUUUUUUUAAACAUGCUUGGCAUUCUGGAUCAGUGGGGUUUACAACACUGGGACAAUUAAGACCGGAGCAGGUAAGUUUGAGGUCACAGAAAAGUAAGAAGGUCUUGAUUUUCUGCGAUUGUCUAAACUCUCUGGAACAUAUUGUAUUGCCCUGUGUGGUAAACUCCACCCUUCUGGUACGCCAAGCACAUUUAAAUAAACACUAAUAAGAAUUGUGCAAACGUUACUGGAUCCAGGUCUGAGCCAAACCAUGUAUCCGCUUUUUUUGCCAUAAGUUUGUGCCACGUACUGGAGACAAAAAAAAAAAAAAAAAGGAAACAAACAUCAGGAUCUUUCUGCUUUGGUACUGCAU